AUGGAGACAAACUACGACGCUGCGGCCGAAGAGGCUUCAAUGCGGUGGCAAAAUCCCGUUAUGAACCCGUCCGGCCCCGUGAUAAACCCUGGCUCUACAAGUGUAGUGGAACUGCUCAAACGUGCAGACGCUCAAGCCCCAGGCACUGGCAGAGGGAUCCCUGCAGGGGUAGGGGCAAGUAUGCCUCGACGCAAAGGUGAACCACCGAGAGGUCUGCCGGCUUCUUAUUUCUCUGGUGCGCAUCCGAAUGCCCAGGGAAACACGAAAUCAAAAGCCACGGGAGCUGUGGAUGAAGGAGUAGCGACGUUUUUGUUGGAGCAAGAGCGAGCUUUGCAUUUAUGGGGAAAAGGUUGGUAUUUUGUACAGGGCGGUCAGAGCUACUUCUAGUACUAGCACUUGUUCUUUUGAGUGUCAGACAUGAGCCUAGGGGACAUUCACUGUACUUGGUCUACUUGGACGCAGGCUACGCAAAACGACAAUCUGUGUUCUCUAAUCUCCGAGCGCCGUACUCCAGCCAUGCUCGCGUGCACUAUGGGCAACAAUGCAGUCCUAGAGGUGCUUCAACAGUAUGGAGCCAACGUGUCUGAAGCCAUAGAGACGCCUAGCGGAUGGUCAACUCAUAUUUACGGUGCCAGGACGAAUGCUUUGGAGGACAUUCACCUAGGAAGGCUCACGAGCUCAGCGUGAGCAUGAUUUGAAGCUAUUGCAAGAAGCUCACAAUGAAGGAGCUCAAGAAGCUCACAGUGAAGGAGCUCAAGAAGCUCACAAUGAAGGAGCUCAAGAAGCUCAUAAUCGAUCGCUGGAAGUCUCCUAUUCCUGUAAGAAGUUGUGUCACGACUGAAAUUGAAAUAGAAGACACAACUGUGAUCUGCUCUACUUCUCUUAGUAUGCUUGUUUCCGACAACCAAAGAAAUAUCCGACGACUACGCUCUGAAUCGGAAUGACACUCCUUACGCACCACUUUCCAAUACAAAUACAAGAUCUACUCUCUCCACACUGAGCAGGUUUCAUCACUGUGACAUACGCGAAUCCCUGUCCAUGAUUUUCACUAGCUCGAAACCAAAUCUGAAUUUCGUCCUAAUGUUCCCUCGUCUGCAAGCCCC